AUGGUGAAGCGUACCAUCGCCAGCGCGAAGAUCACCCUAUCCUACCCUCUCUAUGCUUGCGCCUUCGACCCGACAGACUCGAACCAGCUCGUAGUUGCUGGAGGUGGUGGUCCUGGACGAAAUGGCGUCGGGAACAAGAUCACUCUCCUCGACGCCUCCGAUCAAGUUGAGCUUACCGAAAUCGCCGAACUCGAACUGAGCCCCAACGAAGAUAAUGUUACCACCCUUGCCAUCGGUUCUCGGAAGGACAAGAAUCUCACUGCGUUCGCCGGCGUCAAUUCCAGUCCGGAAGAUAUAAAGAAGGGAAAGAAUGAGCAUUUUCGUAUUAUCGGCAUCAACCAACCUGGUAAGGCGGCAAAAACUAGCGGUGUAAGGGUCUCCGAGAUUGCGCGCCAUGCGCUGUUCGUGCAUAAGGACAUAAACGCCUACCAAAGACUUCUUCGCCUAUCCCACCCCUUCGAAAAUCUUCCACAACUAGGCGCUAUCGCGACGGGUCUAUCUAAAGAGCCUGAGAUUGCGCUUUUCGAUGUACCAUGUACUGGGAGUGGGAGGUGGAAAUCAAGGGGCAGGCUGGAUAUUCCAAAGGAAGCCAUGGACCUAGACGUCGUUCAGACUGGUCCCGACACAUACCAAUUGGCGUAUUGCGACGACCACGAAAUCUUCACGGUGGAGGUUUCCAAGUCUGAAAUUUCCGAGCCCAAAUGCGUAUUUACCAUUACCCCGGAUGAAGGAGAUACGGCCAAGUCGUCUUUCAAAUCUUUGCGCUACCUCACGCCAGGCUUCUUGAUCACUGUUGUCAAUAAGCCCAACUCGGCCGGCGUUGCCCUGCAUGGCUUUCGCCUACCAAAAGAAGAAACGGAAAGUGCGCGAUUAGCGAUUCGGGCUAGAUUGCCUAAGGGCGUCUCUAAGGCCACCGGCCUAGCAGUGAAAAAUUUGUCGCCAGUUCUAUCCCCAUCAGAUAAGCAAGGCGAGGCGCAAUUUGUCGUCGCUGUUGCUGGUAACGAUUCGUCUAUAUCGCUCUUCACGUUGGAUCAUCAAACUGCUGCCAGCGUAGAUCUUUUGUCAAAUCUAGCACCUUUCCAAGUACUCAAAGAUGUUCACCCCUCGAACAUCACCGGGCUUACAUUCUCCUCUUUUAGCCCACCAGCAUCCCCAUUGGAACCUGCACCGGAAUUAUCCGUCAAAUUAGCUACCGUAGGCGUUGGUUUCACGACAGUUGUACACAGCAUACCUCUGAAAGAGCACAUUGGCAAAUCAAGUCUUGAGACAAAGGAAGGACCUCCAAAACAAUCGCGCUAUGUAGUAGCAUUAAAAUCCAAGGGUGAAUCGCCCAUGACGGCCAUAACACUAUUCACAGUAGUUAUGCUCAUUCUCGCCAUAGUAGGGCAGGUCUUCCUUGAGGCGACUGACCUAAGCAGUAACCCUAUUCUUGGUGUCAAGAACUAUCUUCCUGCUAUGUGGACGCAACCAUUGCGAAGAGUUCCUGUUGUCAGCGAAAAGAAGACGAUCAAGGAUCUCCUGUCGGAUGCCAACGUUCACCACAGCCAGCCACUUGUGAUCCGACAUGACGAAACUGGUGAGGCUGGUCCACAAGGAUUACCUGCCCUUCACGUUGGCGUUCACGAUGAGGAAGUUCAUGGCCCGGCUAAGUCGUGGGAAUCUCUAGAAGCUGAGGAACAAGAACUCUGGAAAGAGCGUCUAAAGAAGACGGGCCAUUGGGUUGAGGAUAUGGGCGAGACCAUCUUCCGAGGAGUCCUAUUCGGCGAAAUUGGCGGCGCCAUUGGGAAUAUAGUUGGCGAGGCUCUAUAG